UUUUCCAGCACUAUGUGCGUGACCUCUGAACUCCAGGGUUUUGCCAGCUCUCCGCCAUAUUGGCUGUUGUCUUGCCGAGAGAAGGCAGGGAAGGUUUUUUUUUUGGUACUGGAAGAAUCGAAACGGUGGCUAUUUCGACCCGUAAACUGGUGCAAACUGGGCCAGAGCGAUUUGCGGAAAGCUGCAUCAUGGCCAGGAAGAAAAGUAAACAGCAAGGUGUCGGGAAUAAGGAGCUGGUCAGUGGACAGCAGAGCCUGUCGAAGAGCCCCGUCUCUCCCGGCGAUGCAGCUGGCGGUGGCGGCGGCGGAGAUGCGGGACUGGAAAGGCUAGCCAGGGCGAAUCAGCCCCUCCCUCUGUCGUCGGGCCAGCCCAUGCACACCUGCUGCCUGCUGUGUCACCGCGAGUUCAAGGACUGGGGGGCGGGCCCAGCCAACGGGCUGCCCUCCCCCGGAGCCAAGAUGGCGGACGGCGUGCCGGCCCUGUCCCAGGCCCUGCUGCGGGAGGUUCCGGGCCGGAAGCUGGCCGACGCAGUGCCCUCGCUCUCCCAGUCCCUGCUGGGCGAGGUGCCGCUCUGGAUCUGCCAGAGCUGCCGCAAGAGCGUGGAGGAGGAGGAGCGACGAGCCACGCAGGACCAGACCCUACCGGUUCCCCUGUCGCACGCCUCGUCCUGUAAGGCGCAGGCCUGUGGGAAUGGUUAUCCCGAGCCCAGCGCAGUGGAGUGGGACCCCAGCUCCUUCCUCUCUGCCCACAAGCUCUCCGGCCUCUGGAACUCCGCCCACUCCAAUGGAGGCGGGCACUGUAACCACGGCGCCGGCUCGCACUCACAGCAAGGUGGUUUGGUGGGACCCCCCUGUACGGACAAGCGGGGUCCCCACGAAGCUCCGGGGAAGUCGGCUAAACCCCCGGGAGCCAAAGUGUGUCCCUACAGCCACCCGUCGUCCCAGAACCCCAGUGGGACAUCGGGUGGCUCCUCGCUUUCCCCCGGCAGUGCCGACCUCUGCAAGACCACGCCCAAGCACUUCAAAACCAUGUGCCGACGCCCCACUCCUCCAGGAGAGGCGUUCCACUCCAGCGAUCACCACCAACACUCAGACCUGGCGGCCCCGCCCAACAGUCCCACGGGGCUGUCCUCCUCGCACCAUUCCUCCCUGCUGCCCCCCGGGCAGCAUGCGCACGCGGCCCCGCCCGGCCCCACCCUGCCGGGCCACGCCCCCUUUGCCCCGCUGGCAUCCAAGCUGAACGACAGCCCCGCCCCCCUGCACAAACCCGCCGCCUGCAAGAACUCCCACAUUCCCGCCGUCAACACGCAACACGCCAAGCUGGGCGCGGCUCCCCUGGGCUGCAACCACCCCUGCAACGGCCACAGCAACGGGCCGGUCAGCUCCAACACGGGACACCUACCCACCACCGCCUGCAGGGACCAGGCCUGUAAAGGGCACCGGCUGGCGAACGGGACGGUGUGUCACCCGCCCUGCGAGCUGGAGGAGGGCGAGGACGAGGACAGCAGCUCCGAGCGAAGCUCCUGCGCCUCCUCCUCCACCAAUCAGAAGGACGGGAAGUACUGCGACUGCUGCUACUGCGAAUUCUUCGGCCACAACGCGCCCCCGGCCGCGCCCACGAGCCGGAACUACGCGGAGAUCCGGGAGAAGCUGCGCUCCCGCCUCACCCGGCGCAAGGAGGAGCUGCCGCAGCGCCAGGACUCGGACCCGGCCGCCCCGCCCAGCGCCAUCGACCACCGCGACGUGGACGAGCUGCUGGACUUCAUCAACAGCACCGAGCCCAAACCCGUCAACAGCGCCAAGGCCGCCAAGCGCGCCCGCCACAAACAGAAGAAGAAGGAGAAGGAGAAGGCGGCUCAGGGCAGCUCGGACGCCCCCGGCGAUGACCCCCGCGCCUCUCCCACCGAGGUCCUGGAGGAGGCGGGCGGGGCCGCGGAGGGGGAGGGAGGCCGCCUGCUGGAAUGGCCACAGUUGGAGCUGGAGCGGGUGAACAGCUUCCUGACCAGCCGCCUGGAGGAGAUUAAGAACACCAUCAAGGACUCCAUCCGCGCCUCCUUCAGCAUGUACGACCUCAACCUGGACGUCAACGACUUCCCCAAGAAGGCCGCCACGCUGGAGGGCAACCACCUGCUGUCCCACCUGAAUGGCUCAUCCGACCUGCAGCAGAUCGACCUGGACCUGGCCCCGCUCUCCCUGGGCACCUUCAAGAGCCACCUGGAGCUGGUCAACGGCUGGGAGGACCGUCACCGCCACCGCGACCGCACCCCCAGCCCCGCCCCGGCCCCCGGCCCCGUCCCCGCCCCCUCCCCGGGCCAGGACGUGCAGCGGCUGCAGGCCACGCCCAGCCUGUCCAAGCUGAUCCGCGUGCGCUCCUCGCCCGAGCGGGGGCCGCACCCCGCCCCCACGCUACAGGGCACCCCCGCUCCCAAGCCCCAGGACGAGGUGGAGACGGUCCGCGCCCCGGCCCCUCCCGCCGGGAAGGCCAGGAAGGGGAAGAAACAGCAGCAGCAGCAGCAGCAGCAGCAGGAAGUCCCUCAGCUCCAGGAGCCCCCACAGGGCAGGCUUUCCAGGGCCGCCCCAGGGAACGAGCCUCCCAGGAACAGGGAGAGCCAGGCCAAGCCAGCCGGCUCCAAACCGGGCUCCAAACCGCCUCCCCAGUGCCAGACGCCUGCCGCGGGGAAGAGGCCGGAGGAGUGCCCUGGUGACAGGGGCGAGCAGGCCCCCGGGGGCCCCAAACCCAGCCGGGGGGACCAGGAGCAUGAGGGCCGGGCCUCGCACCCGGCCCACGCCGGCUCCCAGCAGCCCAAGGGAAAGAGCAAGAAGAACAAGAACAAAGUGGAGAAGGCCAACACCUCUAUCGAUGAUGUGUUUCUCCCCAAAGACUUGGAUCCAACAGAAAUGGAUGAAAUUGACAGAGAAGUUGAGUACUUCAAGAGAUUCUGCCUGGACUCCGCUAAACAGACUCGUCAGAAGGUCGCAGUGAACUGGUCCAACUUCAGCCUGAAGAAGGUUCCUUCCAACGCCGCGCAGUAGCGGAGAGAUGGGAGAUUCCCUCUCUGCUCUGUCCCGAACCAGAACUGGCCUGAGGCCUGAGACACCCCCCCUCUCCCCCCUCCUCCCACCCACCGAGACCACCCCCGCCACCCCUCCAGGCACCCAGAGCGACCUUUGCCCCUUUCCUGGGGUUGACAUUUCUCUGGCUGCCUGGUGCUGGUAACCGUCGCUGGGACUUGCACCACCUGCUCAUAACCAGAGACCAGAGACCAGCGCCAACAGUGUCCCCACCCUCCCCUCCCCAGCUACCUGUCAGGCUGCUUGGCCAGAGCUGUCUAUCGAUAACCCCACAUAAGGUCCCUGUCUGUGGCUGCAGACCCGACCUCCACGCUCACAGUCUAUGUAUACUCUGUAAAUCAAUUACUUUGCUAUUAAAAUUCUCAUUUUUAUUGCCAGUGUGGCAUAUUUUUAACACCCGGUUGACUGACAGUUAACGCGUUCUAUGUGAUUCUCCCCCAUGUCCUUCAUGUGCUGUGUUUCUUUGCUUCUUAUUUCUUUCUUUUUUUUCUUUUCUGGCCCCGUACCCUGCCCUGCCUCUUGAUUAAUCAUCUAGAAAAGUAAAUGAUGUACAACUUCAGAAAGCUAAGGAAACUGCGUGCAUGCAUACGCGCUGGUUUUUUCCCGGUGGCCUUGCAAAGCAGUGUGGUUUGCUGGUCGUUGGAGCACUGAGCUGGAUUGAUUAGCUGAGGACCACGUUUACAAGCCAGCAGAACGUAAUACUGUGGGUUUGACGGGAGGGUGUUGAAUCCUUCAUGAAAAGUGGGCUUCAUUGGGAGAACGAUAUCCACAAGUGCUUGGGAACCAUUGCUGCAACGAGUGGCACAUGAAUUGUCAAUCAUUGUACCAUCUGUUGUUGUGAACAUAUGAUUGUUCUUGCCAGUUCUUUUUUUUUAUUUUGCAGUGACUGAAGAAGGCUGCUCUAGAGCCCUAGAGAGUGAGGCAUGGCUUCCCAGACCCCCUGUAGUGAUAAUGGUGUAUUUCACAACACAAAAAAAGGUCACGGAAGUGGCCACAGCAGUCCCUGUUUUUAAUGUCUUUUCCCAUAAAUAUGAUCAACUUGACAAACAAGAUGACACUAAAAUGAAAUUUCCAUUUUAGAAACGAGUAUGAAAUGGUGUAAAACACUUUUUUUAAUCAAACGUCUUCAAAAGAUGUAAUUGAAAUCAAACUGAAUCUUGCUCCCCGCACACCCGCCCCCUCUCUUUUGCAUGGCUUUUUAAAAAUGACAAAUGUGUUUUAAAUCAAAAAUUGCCCACUUAGUUUUUGCCCGUUAUCGUCUUUCCUGGAAAUUCAGUACUCGCUGUUAAUCACGUUGACUGUAUGCAAUCUAACUGAACCUCAGAAAUGUGUAUUCUAAUGAAGCCUAACGCCACCUCCGUGGCGAUCUUGAAACACGCGCGCGCGUUCCGAUGCCACGAUCCGACUGUUCUUUAUUACUGCGCAGCUGCCACGAACCGCGUUUUCCCCUUCCAGCACUUGAAGCAGCUUAUCCUUCGCAGUCAUGGUACGCUACUUCCCUCCUUGUUCGUGUCACUGGUUUCUGUGCGUGCGCACAAAGUCCACAGUUAAGGCUUCGAGGGCAUCCAAAACUCACAUUAUGUGAUGUGGGGUUUUAUUUUAUAUUUUAUUUUUAUUUUUUGCAAUAAUGGUACAGCCUUGACUACACGCCCCCUGUCAUUGGUAUCCUUGAAACUGUCAUCAGCUUUACUGUGAAGAAGUGUGGUUUAUCCCCUUCUGAGAGGAAACCAGAAUUGCAUUGAUUUGUGGAAGUUAGUGUGGGGUUUGGGGUCCUUCACAUAAAAUUAUUUCUGAGUCUGACAUGAAUGAAAUGUUUUUUUGUUUUGUUUUUUUAAUCUAUUUUGAAUCUUUUCAUAUUUUGCAAGAUCUCUGAUGCUAUCCAGGUUAUAUUAAACAACAAGACAUUAUCUUUAAAGUUUGGAAUGUAGAUUUAUACUAUACCAUUAAGAGCCAAGUGUAUGUUGGCUGCUCUGUUUUUUUAUUAUUCACUUUUGAUACUGUGAAAAAUCUUUCAUCCUGAAAGAUUAAAACAAUACAGUUUUGACAAAACACAAAA